AUGGACCUGUGGAACUGGGAUGAAGCGUCACUGCAGGAAGUGCCUCCUGGGGACAAGCUGACAGGACUGGGAGCGGAAUUUGGCUUCUAUUUCCCUGAAGUGACCCUGCAAGGGGACGCACCGAUCACACCGAUGACAGUAGAGAACUGCUGGAAAGGGUUCUCAGAGCUGGACUGGGGCCCCGCUUUACCGCAGGAGGAAGUACCUUGUGAGAAGGAGCCGGUUGCUCACCCCGUUCCGUGGUCGCGAGACUGGAGUGACCUGGGGUGCAAUACCUCGGACCGGUGGAGCUGUGCUUUACAGACGCCAGGCCCCGCCCCUCCAGGCACAAGCCCUUCCUUCGCUGGCUUUGAAGGGGCGACCGACCAAUAUCCUGCCACCUCGGCGGGAGGGGCCCCCUCGUGGUCGCACCCCCCGACCGCCUGGAGCACCGCCAGCUGGGACAGUUCUGCGGGCACCAAUGGCGCCACCUAUUGGGACAAUGGCCUGGGCGGGGAAGCAUGUGCGGACUAUAAAAUGUCGUGGGGCGGGUCUGCGGGUUCGGACUACACCACCUCGUGGAAUCCUGGGCUGCAGGACUGCAGCGUCCCUUGCGAGGCGUUCCAGAGUGCAGCAUUCACCACGUCCUCCAAAUCGAGCCAGCAGUCUGAUCGGGCCACCUUAAGUCGCUACCGCAAAACUAACCACCGAGGUCCCAUUCAGCUGUGGCAAUUUCUCCUGGAGCUGCUCCACGACGGGGACCGCAGCAGCUGCAUCCGCUGGACGGGCAACAGUCGCGAGUUCCAACUGUGCGACCCCAAAGAGGUGGCCAGGCUGUGGGGCGAGCGCAAGAGGAAGCCGGGAAUGAACUAUGAGAAGCUGAGCCGAGGUCUGCGCUACUAUUACCGCCGCGACAUCGUGCUCAAGAGCGGGGGGCGCAAGUAUACGUACCGCUUCGGGGGACGUGUGCCGGUCCUUCCCUGUAGGGACAGCAUGGGGCACCUGCCAGGUGCAGAAAGCCAAUAA